AUGGAAGACAAAUAUCGCAAAGCCAGCGAGGACUUGGACAUACUGUUCAAACGCUAUGGCUCUGCAGUUCCAGCUCCCAAUUUCGCCAUGCCGGUGACGGUCCCUGUGACCAAUCCGAAUGCACUGCAGUUCAGCAACCCAGCCGGCUCUCUGGUCACACAGUCCCUGAUGACUGCAUCGCUCACAGACCCGCGACUUCUGUCUCCACAGCCACCCGCUCUACAGAGGAACACAGUCUCUCCGGUGCUACCUCAGAGACCAGCCAGUGCAGGUGCAAUGCUUGGGGGAGACCUAAACAACUCUAAUGGAACCUGUCCAAGUCCUGUAGGCAACGGCUACAUCAGUGCACGAGCCUCUCCGGGCCUAAUACCGGUAUCCAACGGCAACAGCCUGGGUAAAGUUAUCCCAGCCAAGAGCCCUCCGCCUCCCUCCCAGAACAAUCAGCUCGUCAGCAACAGUCGCAAACCCGACCUGCGCGUCAUCACCUCACAGAGCGGCAAAGGAUUAAUGCAUCAUUUGCUCUUGUCUGCUCCUGUUUUACAGAACGCACAGCGGUUAGGAGGAGCGUCGCAAGCAGCACACUCUUUAACCACCCCGGUUGUUUCAGUGGCAACGCCCAGUUUACUGUCCCAUCAUGGACUGCCUUUCUCUGCCAUGUCCACAGCGUACAACACAGUGACCACCAAGCCUGAGGCAUUUAUUACCGAUGCCGGGACAUUUUCUGCUCCAGCUGGCCACAGUCCAACUCCCUUUGUAAACCGGCCCUUUGUUUAG